AUGGAGUCUCCGGCGGCGACACCGGAGUCGAUCUUUCUAGAAGACUUCGGUCAAAAGGUUGACCUGACGCGGCGAAUCCGGGAGGUUUUAGUGAACUAUCCCGAGGGGACGACGGUGCUCAAAGAGCUCAUUCAGAACGCUGACGAUGCCGGCGCCACCACCGUCCGACUCUGCCUCGACCGCAGGCUUCAUGGUACCGACUCCCUUCUAUCGGAGACCCUGGCGCCGUGGCAGGGGCCCGCGCUCUUGGCUUACAACGACGCCGUCUUCACGGAGGAAGACUUUGUUAGUAUUUCGAGGAUCGGCGGCAGUAGCAAGCAUGGCCAGGCCUCAAAAACCGGCCGAUUCGGGGUUGGAUUCAACUCCGUGUACCAUUUAACUGAUUUGCCGUCGUUUGUGAGCGGGAAGUAUGUGGUAUUGUUUGACCCCCAAGGCAUUUUUCUUCCAAAGGUUUCUGCAUCCAAUCCCGGGAAGCGAAUUGACUAUGUUUCUUCUUCAGCCAUCUCUGUGUACAAAGACCAGUUCUUUCCUUACUGUGCUUUCGGUUGCGACAUGAAAACACAAUUUGCUGGAACUCUAUUCCGUUUCCCUCUGAGGAAUGCAGAGCAGGCAGCAACCAGCAAGCUUUCCAGGCAAGAGUAUACCCAAGACGACCUUUCUUCCUUGUUUCUUCAGCUCUAUGAGGAAGGAGUUUUCACGUUACUUUUCCUAAAAAAUGUCUUGCGUAUUGAAAUGUAUGUGUGGGACGCCUGGGACAGUGAGCCCAGGAAGCUUUAUUCCUGCUCUGUUGGUUCCGCCAGUGAUGAUAUUGUUUGGCAUCGUCAAGCUGCGUUGAGAUUUCCCAAGUCAGUAAACUCUACGGAGAGUCAGGUGGACUGCUAUACAGUGGACUUCUUAAGUGAGUCCACAAUUGGGACCCAAUCUGAGAAGAAGACAGAUAGUUUUUAUCUAGUUCAGACACUGGCAUCCGCAUCCAGUAGGAUUGGUUCCUUCGCAGCUACUGCGUCUAAGGAAUAUGAUAUUCACUUGCUGCCAUGGGCAUCAGUUGCAGCUUGCAUAUCCGAUAAUUCAGCACAUAAUGAUGCUCUUAAGCUUGGCCGGGCAUUCUGCUUUCUCCCUCUGCCCGUUAGGACUGGCCUCACUGUGCAAGUUAAUGGAUACUUUGAGGUCUCGUCGAAUCGUCGUGGCAUCUGGUAUGGGGCUGACAUGGACAGAAGUGGAAAAAUCCGUUCUGUCUGGAACAGGCUUCUUUUAGAAGAUGUUGUGGCACCUGCAUUUACGCAACUUCUUCUUGGUGUACGGGGACUGCUAGAUUCCAGGGACUUGUACUAUUCCUUAUGGCCAAGUGGUUCUUUUGAAGAGCCGUGGAGUAUUCUUGUCAAGCAUAUAUACAGAAACAUUUCUAGUGCUCCUGUGUUGCAUUCAGAUCUUGAAGGUGGAAAAUGGGUGUCGCCAGUUGAAGCUUUUCUACAUGAUGAGGAAGUUACCAAGAGUAAGGAACUUGGUGAGGCUCUGAUUGUGCUAGGAAUGCCUAUUGUGUGUUUGCCCAACGUUUUAUUUAACAUGCUCUUGAAAUAUGCUUCCAGUUUUCAGCAGAAGGUGGUGACUCCUGAUACAGUACGAUGUUUUCUCAGAGAGUGUAGAUCUGUUUCUACCCUGGGCAAAUAUUUCAAGCUUGUAUUGUUGGAAUAUUGUCUUGAAGAUUUGCUUGAUGAUGAUGUUGGAACACAUGCAUAUAACCUGCCUUUGCUUCCAUUGGCAAAUGGUGAAUUUGGAUCGUUGUCAGAUGCCUCUAAAGGAAUUUCAUACUUUAUUUGCAAUGACUUAGAAUUCAUGCUGCUUAAACAAAUAUAUGAUAGAAUAAUUGAUAAGAAUAUUCCUAUUGACAUACUAAGUAGACUCUCUGCUAUUGCAAAGUCCUCAAAGGCAAAUCUUGUCAUUUUCAAUGUUCAGUAUUUUCUUCAAUUUUAUCCAAGAUUUGUACCCGCUGAUUGGAAAUAUAAAAGCAAAGUGUUAUGGGAUCCAGAGUCUUGCCAUAAUCACCCUACUUCAACAUGGUUUGUGUUAUUUUGGAAAUAUCUUCGGAAUCAGUGCGAGAAACUGUCAUUGCUUAGUGAUUGGCCCAUUUUGCCAUCUACUUCCUGCCAUCUGUACAGAGCCUCGAGACAAUCGAAAUUGAUCAAUGCAGAAAAGCUUUCUGACAAGAUGAAAGAAAUACUUGUUAAAAUUGGUUGCAAGAUUCUGAGCCCCAAUUAUGGAGUUGAACACUCAGAUUUAUCUCAUUAUGUAAGUGAUGGUAAUGCUUCAGGGAUUCUGGAAUCUAUAUAUGAUGUUGUCUCUUUAAAUUAUGGCACCAUAGUAACAUGUUUUCAUAAUUUGGAAGCAAAAGAGAGGGACGAACUUCGUGCAUUUCUUCUUGAUCCAAAGUGGUAUUUUGGAGACUGUUUGAAUGAGUCUGACAUAAGAAAUUGCACGAGGCUGCCUAUUUAUAAAGUGUAUGGUGAUGGAUCUACUCAAAGUUUCCAAUUCUCCGAUCUUGAAAAUCCGCGCAAGUACUUACCACCCGUAGACAUCCCUGAGUGCUUUCUUGGAGCUGAGUUCCUUAGCUCCUCAGAUGUUGAGGUGGAAGUUUUGUUAAGAUAUUAUGGAAUUGAGAGAAUGGGGAAAGCACGCUUCUAUAAGCAGCAGGUGUUGAAUAGAGUUGGGGAACUGCAACCUGAAGUUCGUGACAGCAUUGUUCUUUCUAUUCUGCAAAACCUGCCACAGUUGUGUGUUGAGGACUUAUCUUUCAGGGAUUAUUUGAAAAAUUUGGAAUUUAUUCCGACCUUUGGUGGUGCUCUUAGGUCUCCUACUGCAUUAUAUGAUCCACGUAAUGAAGAAUUAUAUGCACUAUUAGAGGAUUCUGAUAGUUUUCCCUGUGGUCCUUUUCAAGAACCUGGUAUUUUGGACAUGCUACACGGUUUAGGCCUUAAAACAUCUGUGACCCCUGAGACAGUCAUACAAAGUGCUCGACAGGUUGAACGGCUAAUGCAUGAGGAUCAGCAAAAGUCGCAAUUAAAAGGCAAGGUGCUUCUGUCCUACUUAGAAGUUAAUGCAAUGAGAUGGAUACCCAAUGCUUUAAAUGAUGAUCAAGGAACAAUGAACAGAAUGUUGUCACGAGCUGCAACCGCAUUCAGACCUCGUAACUUGAAAUCUGAACUUGAAAAGUUCUGGAAUGAUCUUCGGCUGAUCAGCUGGUGCCCAGUGGUAGUUUCUGCUCCAUUUCAGACUUUACCAUGGCCUGUCGUGUCAUCCAUGGUUGCUCCACCAAAGCUUGUAAGACUGCAAGCAGAUCUGUGGCUUGUUUCAGCUAGCAUGCGAAUACUUGAUGGAGAGUGCUCAUCGACAGCACUAUCGACUAGUCUUGGGUGGUCUUCUCCACCUGGUGGAAGUGUCAUUGCAGCCCAACUACUUGAGCUUGGUAAAAAUAAUGAGAUUGUGAAUGACCAGGUUCUUCGACAGGAAUUAGCCUUGGCAAUGCCAAGGAUAUAUUCAAUACUGACAGGGUUGAUUGGUUCAGAUGAGAUGGACAUUGUAAAGGCUGUUCUUGAAGGUAGUCGAUGGAUCUGGGUGGGUGAUGGAUUUGCAACUGCGGAUGAGGUUGUCCUUGAUGGUCCUAUUCAUUUGGCUCCUUAUAUACGUGUCAUACCUGUCGAUUUGGCUGUUUUCAAGGAACUAUUUUUAGAGCUUGGUAUUCGAGAAUUCUUGAACUCUACAGAUUAUGCUAAUAUCUUAUGUAGAAUGGCUUUGAAGAAAGGAUCCUCCCCUCUCGAUGCACAGGAAAUGAGAGCAGCCUUAUUGAUUGUGCAGCAUCUGGCUGAAGUUCAGAUACAUGACCAGAAAGUUAAGAUUUAUUUACCAGAUGUGUCAGGCAGAUUAUAUCCUGCCACCGACUUAGUUUAUAACGAUGCUCCUUGGUUGCUUGGCUCAGAGGAUCAUGAUAGCCCCUUUGGUGGUCCAUCUAAUGUGGCACUGAAUGCAAGGAGAACGGUUCAGAAAUUUGUGCAUGGGAACAUAUCUAUUGAUGUUGCAGAGAAGCUUGGCGUCUGCUCUCUGCGCAGGACCUUGCUAGCUGAGAGUGCUGAUUCAAUGAAUUUGAGUUUAUCUGGGGCUGCUGAAGCUUUUGGACAGCAUGAAGCCUUGACAACUAGACUUAAACACAUUCUUGAAAUGUAUGCUGAUGGACCUGGGAUUCUAUUUGAGCUGGUUCAAAAUGCAGAGGAUGCAGGAGCUUCUGAGGUGAGCUUUCUCCUGGACAAAACUCAAUAUGGGACUUCUUCUGUUCUUUCACCUGAAAUGGCAGAUUGGCAAGGCCCUGCGUUGUACUGUUUUAAUGACUCUGUCUUCAGUCCCCAAGAUCUUUAUGCAAUCUCACGCAUUGGCCAAGAAAGUAAACUAGAGAAGCCUUUUGCAAUUGGGAGAUUUGGACUGGGUUUUAAUUGUGUCUAUCAUUUCACAGACAUUCCCACAUUUGUUUCUGGUGAAAACAUUGUUAUGUUUGAUCCUCAUGCCUGUAAUUUGCCUGGGAUCUCUCCAUCUCAUCCUGGCCUACGGAUUAAAUUUGCGGGAAGAAAGAUUAUGGAACAAUUUCCUGAUCAAUUUUCUCCUUUCUUACACUUUGGCUGUGACUUGCAGCAGCCGUUUCCUGGAACCCUUUUCCGGUUUCCACUUAGGAGUGCCAGUGCUGCUUCCAGAAGCCAAAUAAAGAAAGAAGGAUAUGCACCUGAUGAUGUCCUAUCCCUUUUUGCAUCAUUUUCCAAAGUUGUUUCUGAAACUUUGCUUUUUCUGCGUAAUGUGAAAGUUAUCUCUGUUUUUGUGAAGGAAGGAAGUGGACAUGAAAUGCAACUUUUACAUCGUGUCCAUAAGCGUUGCAAUGGUGAGCCCAAAAUAGAGCCCAAUGCGUUGCAGGAUGUGUUUAGCUUGUUUGAUGGAAGUCGGCAGAGAGGACUGGAUAAAGAACAGUUCCUAAAGAAAUUGAGAAAAUCAACGGACAGAGAUUUGCCAUAUAAAUGUCAGAAGAUUGGAAUUACAGAAGAAAGCUCAGCUGGUAAUGUAUCACACUGCUGGAUAACCUCUGAGUGUCUAGGUGGUGCACAAACUAAGAACAAAUCUGCAGUUUUGAAUGACAAGUCUCAUACUUAUAUACCCUGGGCAUGCGUUGCUGCAUAUUUACACUCUGUCCAGGUUGGAUUGGGCGUGAGUGAUAUCCCGGAGAUGAACGAUCCCUGUGCUGUUGCAUCAGAUGUAUUUCAAGUCUCUACAGGUUCUUUGCAGGAUAGGAAAGAUUUUGAAGGCCAUGCUUUCUGUUUCCUGCCACUUCCAAUUAGUACUGGCCUUCCAGCUCAUGUUAAUGCAUAUUUCGAGUUAUCAUCAAAUAGGAGAGACAUCUGGUUUGGGAACGACAUGGCUGGUGGUGGGAAAAAACGUUCAGAUUGGAAUAUGUACCUGCUUGAAGGUGUUGUUGCCCCUGCUUAUGGUCACAUGCUAGAGAAAAUAGCACUGGAGAUUGGCCCUUGUGAUUUAUUCUUUUCACUUUGGCCUAAAACAAGAGGAUUAGAACCUUGGGCUUUAGUGGUGCGGGAGCUCUACGCUUUUAUUGUUGACUGUAGUCUUCGUGUAUUGCAUACAAAAGCUCGAGAUGGCCAGUGGAUCUCAGCAAAACAGGCUAUAUUUCCUGAUUUUAAUUUUGAUAAGGUAGAUGAGCUAAUUGAAGCAUUAUCAGAUGCUGGUCUACCUCUGGUCACUGUUUCUAAGCCAAUUGUUGAGAGAUUUAUUGAGGUGUGCCCCUCAUUGCAUUUUUUGAAUCCACAGUUGUUAAGAACUUUAUUAAUUCGAAGGAAACGCGAAUUCAAGGAUAGAAACACAAUGAUAUUGACCCUUGAAUAUUGCUUACUUGAUUUGAAGAUACCUGUCGAAUCUGCAAGUUUGUAUGGUUUGCCGUUAUUACCCCUUGCUGAUGGUUCAUUUACAGCAUUUGACAAGAAUGGGAUUGGGGAAAGAAUAUAUAUUGCACGAGGUGAUGAGUAUGAUCUUCUCAAGGAUUUGGUUCCAAAUCAACUUGUAGAUUGCGGAAUCCCAGAAGGAGUUUAUGAGAAGCUAUGUUACAUAGCCCAAAGUGAGGCCUCAAAUAUUUCUUUUCUGUCAUGCCAUUUACUGGAGAAGCUCCUUUUGAAAUUACUUCCAGCAGAGUGGCAUCAUGCAAAACAGGUGACAUGGGCUCCUGGUCAGCAGGGUCAACCAAGUUUAGAGUGGAUUAGACUUCUCUGGAGCUAUUUGAGGUCUUCUUGUGAUGACUUGUCGCUUUUUUCUAAGUGGCCAAUUUUGCCUGUUGGGAAUCAUUGCCUCUUGCAACUAGUUGAAAAUUCAAAUGUAAUCAAGGAUGAUGGGUGGAGUGAGAACAUGUCAUCUUUGUUGCUGAAAAUAGGAUGUGUAUUCCUGAGGCAAGACCUCCCAAUAGAUCAUCCACAGUUGAAAUUUUUUGUGCAGUUGCCAACAGCAAUUGGCUUAUUAAAUGCGCUUCUGGCAGUUGCAGAUAGGCCAGAGAACAUUGAGGGGCUUUUCGACAAUGCAUCAGAAGGAGAGAUGCAUGAACUUCGGAGUUUCAUUCUUCAGUCCAAAUGGUUUGUUGAAGAGGAAAUGGAAUAUAAACACAUUGACAUCAUAAAACACCUUCCUAUGUUUGAGUCACAUAAAAGUAGAAAACUAGUAAGUUUGAGUAAUCCUAUGAAAUUGCUUAAACCUAGUGAUAUUCUGGAAAAUUUUUUGAGUGAUGACUUUGUGCGCACAGAAUCAGAGAAGGAAAAAAUUAUUCUGAGAAGAUAUUUAGAGAUUAGAGAACCCUCCAGGAUGGAAUUCUACAAAGAUCAUGUUCUUAACCACAUGUCAGAAUUCCUUUCAGAGCAGGGAUCUCUUUCAGCUAUUCUCCAUGGCGUACAGCUUUUGGUUCAAGAGGAUACUUCUUUGAAGUCUGCACUCUCUGAAAUACCGUUUGUUUUGACAGCCGACGGGUCUUGGCAGCAACCUUCCAGGCUUUAUGAUCCUCGAGUACCUGCACUAAGAACGGUGCUGCAUAGAGAAGUUUUUUUCCCUUCUGAGAAAUUCUCAGAUACAGAAACUUUGGAUAUUUUAGUCACGCUUGGACUCAGAAGAACUCUGGGCUAUUCUGGUUUACUUGAUUGUGCUAGAUCAGUUUCUUUGUUACAUGAUUCUAGGGAACCGGAGACACUAAGUUAUGCGACGAAGCUACUUGUUUGUUUAGAUGCUCUUUCAUUUAAGCUCUCGACCGAGGAAGAAGGAAAUCUUGAUGAGUUGAAGAAUUCAAUUUUCCACAACGACAAUGAAACUGAGGCUGGCGAUGGUAUGCAUGAUGAGUCUCCUAAGAGAAUUGGGAACCAAAUAUUAGAUGAUCUGGACAUAAAUUUUUUCGUAGGUAACUUGAUUGAUGAUCAGCCAGAUGAGGACUUUUGGUCUGAAAUGAGGGCUAUUGCUUGGUGUCCUGUAUAUGCUGACCCACCUCUAAAAGGAAUCCCAUGGUUGAAGUCUAGUAAUCAGGUGUCCCGGCCAAGCAAUGUGAGACCUAAAUCCCAGAUGUUUGUGGUAUCCUGCUCAAUGCAUAUACUAGAUGGUGAAUGCUGUUCGUUGUACCUACAAAAGAAACUUGGUUGGAUGGAUCGUCCAAACAUAAAUGUUUUAUCUGCACAGUUGAUUGAGCUAUCCAAGUUAUAUAGCCAGCUCAAAUCACAUUCAUCUGAUGUACCUGUUGUUGAUGCUGCACUUUCUAAGGGAAUUCCAGCACUCUAUUCUAAGAUGCAAGAGUAUUUUGGCACUGAUGAAUUUGUGCAACUAAAAUCAGCACUAGAUGGUGUUUCCUGGGUUUGGAUUGGGGAUAACUUUGUUGUUCCAAAUGCUCUUGCAUUUGACUCACCUGUGAAAUUUACUCCAUAUUUGUAUGUUGUUCCAUCUGAAUUAUCGGAAUUCAGAGAUUUGCUCUUGAAUUUAGGCGUCAGAAUUAGUUUUGAUAUUUGGGACUAUAUGCAUGUCUUGCAACGAUUGCAAAAUGACGUGAAAGGAUUCCCAUUGUCAACAGAUCAGUUAAAUUUUGUCCAUCGUAUCCUUGAUGCUGUAGCAGACUGUUGCUCAGAGAAGCCACUUUUUGAAGCUUCUAACACUCCAAUCUUAAUUCCAGACGCGUCUGCAGUUCUUAUGCAUGCUGGGAAUCUUGUGUAUAAUGAUGCACCAUGGAUGGAUAAUAGUACUCCCGUUGGGAAACAUUUUAUACAUCCAACUAUCAGCAAUGAUCUGGCCAGUAGGUUGGGGGUACAAUCACUUCGCUGCCUCUCUUUAGUUGACAAUGACAUGACUAAAGAUCUUCCAUGCAUGGACUAUGCUAGAAUAAAAGAGCUUUUGACAUCUUAUGGGGACAAUGACCUUUUAUUGUUUGACCUACUUGAGUUGGCAGAUUGCUGCAAAGCCAAUAAGCUUCACCUAAUUUUUGACAAGAGGGAACAUCCUCGCCAGUCUUUGUUGCAGCACAAUAUGGGUGAGCUUCAAGGGCCUGCCCUAUUAGCCAUUUUGGAAGGGGUCAGCUUGAGUAGAGAGGAAAUAAGUAGCCUCCAAUUUCUACCUCCAUGGAGACUAAGGGGCAAUACACUUAACUAUGGUUUGGCUUUGCUUAGCUGUUAUUUUGUCUGUGAUCUACUCUCAGUUGUUUCUGGUGGCUACUUAUACAUGUUUGAUCCCCUCGGUUUGGUGCUUGCUGCACCGUCAACUUGUGCUCCUGCGGCAAAAAUGUUUUCUUUAAUAGGUACUAAUUUGACUGACCGGUUCCGUGAUCAAUUUGAUCCCAUGCUGAUUGGUCCCAGUAUAUCGUGGCCAUCAUUGGAUUCUACUAUUAUUCGCAUGCCUUUAUCAUCUGAAUGUUUGAAUAAUGAACUAGAACUUGGACUAAGGAGAAUAAAGCAGAUUAGUGAAAGAUUUUUGGAGCACUCUUCUAGAUCACUUAUAUUCUUAAAGUCGGUGAUGCAGGUGUCAAUCUCGACAUGGGAGGAAGGAAACUCGCAGCCACACCAGGACUAUUCAGUUAGCAUUGAUUCGUCAUCUGCUAUUAUGAGAAAUCCAUUUUCAGAGAAGAAAUGGAGGAAAUUUCAAAUAUCUCGAUUGUUUAAUAGCUCCAAUGCUGCAACAAAAUUGCAUGUAAUAGAUGUAAAUUUGAACCAUGGGGCAGCAAGAGUUGUUGACCGAUGGCUCGUUGCACUCAGCCUAGGCUCUGGACAAACAAGAAAUAUGGCUCUUGAUAGGCGAUAUCUGGCAUACAACUUAACACCUGUUGCUGGUGUUGCAGCACAUAUAUCCCGUGAUGGCCAUCCUGCUGAUGUUUGUCUAGCAAGUUCUAUCAUGUCCCCCCUUCCUCUGUCCGGUGGUAUAAAUAUACCUGUUACUGUUCUUGGAUGUUUCCUGGUUUGUCACAAUGGAGGUCGCUCCCUCUUUAAUUACCAAGACAAAGAAGCUUCGGAAGAGGCACAGGCUGAUGCUGGAAAUCGGUUAAUGGAAGCUUGGAACAGGGAGCUUAUGUCAUGUGUCCGUGAUUCCUACAUUGAAUUGAUAUUGGAAAUCCAGAGGUUAAGAAGAGAUGCUUCGAGUUCUGCAAUUGAAUCAAGUGCAGGUCGUGCAAUCAGCCUGUCUUUGAAGGCUUAUGGAGAUAAAAUUUAUUCCUUUUGGCCAAGGUCUAAUGGGCGUAAUAUGGUCACACAACAAGGAAACGACUGUAGUUUAGUUCCAAUGGAAGUGCUGAAAUCAGAUUGGGAAUGCAUAAUUGAACAUGUGAUAAGGCCUUUCUAUGCUCGUGUUGUUGACCUUCCUGUGUGGCAGCUUUACUCUGGAAACCUAGCCAAGGCUGAAGAGGGUAUGUUUCUUUCACAACCAGGGAAUGGGGUGGGUGGUAAGUUGCUUCCAGCAACAGUUUGCAGCUUCGUAAAGGAGCACUACCCAGUGUUUUCAGUACCUUGGGAGUUGGUAACUGAAAUCCAAGCCCUAGGGAUUGCAGUUCGGGAAGUAAAACCUAAAAUGGUUCGGAAUCUUUUAAGACUUUCUUCAACAUCUUUUGUUCUCCGAUCAGUUGAUAUGUAUGCAGAUGUUCUUGAGUAUUGUUUGUCUGAUGUUGAGAUUAGAGAAUCAUCUAAUUCCAUUGGAAAUUCUCUGACAGUUGACCACAAUAACACAAACUAUAUCCAUAGGGAAAGUCAAGUUGUUGGUAGCAGUCCUGGUUCUGUUUCAGUCCCUAAUACUCAUAAUUUUCCUGCAUUGUCUACUCAGAACGCUAGCAGUUCAGGAGAUGCAAUUGAAAUGGUGACAAGUUUGGGGAAGGCUUUAUUUGAUUUUGGCCGAGGAGUUGUUGAGGAUAUUGGUAGGGCUGGGGGGCCCUUGGUUCAGAGGAACAUGGUUGCUGGUAGCAGCAACAGCAUGUAUGGAAAUGUAGACCAGGAUCUUCUAUCAAUAGCAGCUGAGCUCAAGGGUUUACCAUGCCCAACUGCCGGAAACCAUUUAACUAAGUUGGGUACUACUGAACUUUGGGUUGGGAAUAAGGAGCAACUGUCAUUGAUGGUUUCUUUGGCUGAAAAGUUUGUCCACCCUAAAGUAUUGGAUAGAUCAAUCUUGGCUGAUAUUUUUUCAAAUGGAGGUCCUUCCCCCGAAUGGAUAAGACUCUUCUGGAAAAAUUUCAAUGGCUGUUCAGAAGACCUCUUGCUCUUUUCUGAUUGGCCCCUCAUUCCUGCUUUUCUUGGUCGGCCAAUCUUAUGUCGUGUUAGGGAGCGUAAUUUGGUUUUCAUUCCACCACUGGUUAUUGAUCCAACUUCAGAAGAAAGUUCCUUGGAAAUUGGAGCAACUGGAAGCAAUGAUGCGCCUGAAUCUGAAUCAAUUCAUGGUUAUGCAUCGGCUUUUGAAGUAGCUAAAAACAAACACCCUUGGUUGUUAUCACUGUUGAAUCACUGCAGCAUACCUAUAUUUGAUAUAGCUUUUCUGGACUGUGCUGCUCCAUGCAACUGUUUCCCUGCUCCUGGCCAAUCAUUAGGUCAAAUUAUUGCUUCCAAGUUGGUUGCAGCUAGAAAUGCUGGCUAUUUCCCUGAACUUACUUCCCUUUCAGCUUCAGAUUGCGAUGCACUUUUUGCACUUUUUGCUAACGAUUUCUUGUCAAAUGGCUCUAAUUACAGAGUGGAAGAACUUGAAGUUUUACGUUCACUUCCUAUAUAUAAAACAGUUGUGGGUUCAUACACACGGUUGCUCAGUGAUGAUCAGUGUAUUAUCUCUUCAAGUUCAUUCCUUACGCCCUAUGAUGAACGCUGCCUGUCCUACUCCAGUGGUUCAGUUGAAUUUUCAUUACUUCGAGCACUCGGAGUCUCUGAAUUGCAUGAUCAGCAGAUUUUAAUCAGGUUUGGAUUGCCUGGGUUUGAAGGUAAACCUGAAUCUGAAAAGGAGGAUAUACUAAUAUAUCUUUACACAAACUGGCAAGAACUCCGAAUGGAUUCUUCUGUAAUCGAAGCUUUAAAAGAGGCUAAAUUUGUAAGGAAUGCCGAUGAAUUUUGCACAUAUCUGUCUAAGCCCAAAGAUUUAUUUGAUCCUGGUGAUGCUUUAUUAACAUCUAUUUUCUCUGGUGAGAGGAAAAAAUUUCCAGGAGAAAGGUUUACUACAGAUGGGUGGCUUCACAUUUUAAGAAAAGCUGGUCUCCGGACUGCAACAGAGUCUGAUGUAAUACUUGAAUGUGCCAAAAGAGUAGAGUUUCUUGGAACUGAAUGCAUGAGGUCCAGAGAUUUGGAUGAUUUUGAGGAUUUAAGCAACACUCAGAGUGAAGUUUCAAUGGAAGUAUGGACAUUAGCUGGAUCUGUUGUUGAAGCAAUUUUCUCGAACUUUGCUGUCCUCUAUGGCAACAACUUCUGUGAUCUCCUUGGCAAGAUUAAAUGCAUACCUGCUGAAUUUGGCCUUCCAAAUGUCGUUGGAAAAAAAGGUGGCAAGAGAGUACUCGCUUCAUAUAAUGAAGCUAUUCUGUUGAAGGAUUGGCCUCUGGCUUGGAGUUAUGCGCCCAUUAUUUCAAGACAAAGUGCUGUUCCUCCUGAGUACUCUUGGGGAUCACUCCAGCUCAGAAGCCCUCCAGCUUUUCCUACAGUACUAAAACACUUGCAGAUUAUUGGAAGAAAUGGUGGUGAAGACACACUUGCUCAUUGGCCAACUGCAUCAGGCAUGAUGACUAUUGAUGAAGCUUCCUGUGAGGUGUUAAAGUACUUGGAUAAGAUAUGGAAUUCCCUCUCUUCUUCAGAUAUAAUGGAGUUGCAGAGAGUUCCAUUUAUACCUGCUGCAAAUGGAACACGCUUGGUGACAGCAAACUUGCUUUUUGCCCGUCUAACAAUUAACUUAUCCCCAUUUGCAUUUGAACUUCCUACUUUGUAUCUUCCUUUUCUGAAGAUUCUCAAAGAUUUGGGACUUCAGGACAUAUUUUCAAUUGCCUCUGCGAGGGAUCUUCUUUUGAAUCUCCAGAGAACUUGUGGAUAUCAGCAUCUAAAUCCAAAUGAACUCCGGGCUGUCCUGGAAAUUUUGUACUUUAUCUGUGAUGGGACUAUUGGGGAAGACAUGUCCAAUGGGCCCAGUUGGACAUCAGAAGCAAUAGUUCCUGAUGAUAGCUGCAGACUUGUUCAUGCAAAAUCCUGUGUGUAUAUUGAUUCCCAUGGAUCACGGUUUGUAAAAUGCAUUGACCCUUCAAGGUUCAGAUUUAUUCACCCAGAUCUUCCAGAGAGAUUAUGUUUUGUCCUGGGCAUCAAAAAGCUGUCUGAUGUAGUCAUUGAGGAGUUAGAUCAUCAGGAGCAUUUGCAGACUUUGGAUUAUAUUGGUUCGGUUCCAUUAGUAGCCAUCAGAGAGAAAUUGUUGAGCAAGUCACUUCAGGGUGCUGUAUGGACCGUUGUAAAUAGCAUGUCUAGUUACAUUCCUGCAAUUAAGAAUUUAUCUCUGGGAAACAUACAAAAUUUAUUAGAAGCUGUUGCAGAAAAGUUGCAGUUUGUUAAGUGCCUUCAUACUCGUUUCUUGCUUCUCCCAAAGUCAGUAGACAUUACACAAGCGGCUAAGGAUUCAAUCAUUCCAGAGUGGGUUGAUGGAUCCAUGCAUCGGACACUUUACUUCAUUAACCGGUCUAACACCAGCAUUUUAGUUUCCGAACCACCACCCUAUAUUUCAGUUUUUGAUGUUAUUGCAAUUGUUGUGAGCCUGGUUUUAGGGUCCCCUACUCCGUUACCUAUUGGAUCUUUAUUUGUCUGUCCUGGAGGCUCUGAAACUGCAAUUGUUGAUAUUUUGAAGCUUUGUUCUGACAAACAAGAAAUGGAAGCCACUAGUGGAAGCAAUGGUUUGAUAGGCAAAGAACUGUUGCCUCAAGAUGUUCAUCAAGUACAAUUUCAUCCAUUGAGGCCGUUUUAUGCUGGAGAGAUAGUGGCAUGGCGCUCUCAAAAUGGAGAAAAGCUCAAAUAUGGUAGAGUUCCAGAUGAUGUCAGACCAUCAGCUGGCCAAGCACUGUACAGAUUCAAGGUGGAAACCUCAACAGGGGGGAUGCAGCCUCUUCUUUCUUCACAUGUUUUCUCAUUCAGAAGUAUAGCAAUGGGCAGUGAGACUUCACCAAUGCCAAUGGAUGAUAGUCAGACAGUAGUUCGUAACAGAACUCCCAUCGAAAUGCCAGAAACUUCUGGAAGCGGCAAAGCAAGAUCUUCUCAGCUGCAAGCUGGCAAAGAGCUCCAGUAUGGCCGAGUAUCAGCUGGAGAACUGGUGCAAGCAGUACAAGAGAUGCUUUCUGCAGCUGGGAUUUAUAUGGAUGUGGAGAAGCAGUCCCUGCUGCAGAAAACACUAACGCUGCAAGAACAGUUAAAGGAGUCCCAGACAUCACUUUUGCUUGAACAGGAAAAAGCUGAUGUGGCAGCAAAAGAAGCUGAUACUGCAAAAGCAGCAUGGCUUUGUCGGGUCUGCUUGACUGCUGAAGUUGACAUAACUAUAGUUCCUUGUGGUCAUGUACUUUGUCGGCGGUGCUCUUCUGCGGUUUCCAGGUGUCCAUUUUGUCGGCUCCAGGUCUCAAAAACUAUGAGAAUUUUUCGGCCAUGA